GCCACCAUGCACAGUUCCCAGGCCGUCAGGGCGCUGCUGCCCCCGCUGCUCCUGCUGGCCUGCGCCUCUGGCCCCGCGGCCGCCCUGAGCGAUGAUGAGAGGCGCACGAUGCUGCAGCUGCACAACCUAUACCGGGCCCAGGUGGACCCGCCAGCCGCCAACAUGCUGCGCAUGAGCUGGGACCCCGAGCUGGCCGCCUUCGCCAAGGCCUAUGCAGAGAGGUGCGUGUGGGGCCACAACAAGGAGCGCCAGCGGCGGGGUGAGAACCUGUUCGCCAUCACCGAGCGGGGCCUGGACGUGCCUCUGGCUGUGCAGGAGUGGCACCUCGAGCACGAGCACUACAACUUCAGCUCCAACGCCUGCAACGAGAGCCAGAUGUGCGGCCACUACACUCAGGUGAUCUGGGCCAAGACAGAGAGGAUAGGCUGUGGCUCCCACUUCUGUGAGAAGCUCGAGGGCCUCGAGGAGAGCAACAUCCAUCUGCUGGUUUGCAAUUACGAGCCCCCGGGGAACGUGAAGGGGCAGAGGCCCUACCAGGAGGGGACGCCCUGCUCCCAGUGCCCCGCCGGGUACCGCUGCGAGGAAUCGCUGUGUGAACCCAUCAGAGAGCCGGAAGAAGCUCCAGACUUCCCUGACCAGGGCCCUGAGAUUCCGUCUUCCCCUGCCAUCGAAGACUCCGGUUCUAGGAAAACUGGUAUUGUUUCUUCCCUGGCAACGGAAACCCCAUUCUCCUUGGUAACAGAGGGUUCAGACUCCCUGGUAACCCAGGCCCCCUUUUCCCUAGCAACCGAAGAGCCCCCUUCCAUGGCAACGGAGGCGCCACCUUCCUUAGCAACGACAGAGGGCCCUUCCUCUUCGACUACUCACAGCGCGCCCUUCCUGAAUGAGGUGGCGGCCACCUCCCCCAGGUCCAGACAGGUCUCUGCGCCCCAGCCCACAGGCCAAGAGGCCCGCAGGACGAGAGUGACUUCCAUGAGUCCCGAGAGCUCUCCGCUCCCCAGGCUGUCCUUGGCAGGGACACAUGAGCUGCCACCCCAUUUCCCGGCUGAGGCUGGGCUGCCUCCUCCCGAAGAGGUCUUCCCCUCAGUCUCCCCAGCCCAGGGCAAGCCAGAUGAGCUGCCGGCCACGCUGGACCACACCAGGCACAACGCCUCUGAGCCCCUGACCGUCUCCCCCAACACCUCCGCCACUGCCCACGCCGAGGGUGCCCGUUCCCUCGCCCUGCAAUCGUCCUUGCCAGGUGAAGGCCCUGAAAGGCCAAGUGUCCAGUCAGGGCAGAACUCGGGCCCAGGCUUGCUCUGGGGCUCCCCGCUGGGACAGCUGCUACUGCCUUCCCUGGUGCUAGCCAGAAUCUUCUGAGGAGGUCUCCACGCCAAGGCCAGGCCUGGGGGGCAAGCCUGCUGCAUGACCACUGGAUCGUCCUCCACAGAAGAAGCCACAGCUUCCAGGCAGGCCCUGCCCUGUGGCCCAGCGUCACCCCAGCCAAUGGUCAGACUCCAGACAGAUUUUUCUGAGUAACUGUCCUGUGGCCUGCGUUGUCCAGGGCCACCACCCUGCUCUUCCAGAACUGGAGGUUCAUUAGCACCCGCACCACCACCACACACACACACACACACACACAGCCCUUCCCUGUGCCCUGAGAUCUGGGUUGCCCACAGGAGGGCCGCUUGCCCCCAGGGAGAGAAAGGGCACUCUCCCUGUUACCUACCCAGUCUGCAGCCCAGACAAGACGCUUCUCGGCUAAAGGGGAGAAAGCACGGGUGCCUCAGACUCCUGGGGGCACAGACAUCUGUCCUGGGCCAGAUCUCUCGGGGCAGGCAUCGCGGGCAGACAUUCUGGAACAAGGCCUGGCUGGCCUCCUGACUGCACACCCACCUGCCUGGGGGUGGUCCGGAGUGCCUGCUCAGACCCCUCUGCCUAUAAAAGGUAGGGGGCUCUCCCCAAGGGCCCUCCCGCUUCUUGCCUGGGGAGUUGUGAGGGAAAGGGAUAAAAGACAAGCCCCACCCCCGAGUGGGGUUCUGUGGGUGGGGCAGGGAGCCCUGGGGGAAGCAGCCUUCAGCCUCUGAAUAAAAGCCUGACUGUUCCCAGGGUUUCUGCAUGGGGGCCGUGGGGGGCCUGAAGGAGUCCAAGCUUCCCCUGGAAGCUGCGGCGGGUAUCCCUGCUCCCUCACACUCUUUCCCACGUGCUCAGUGAUCAGGGCACCCUCUCUUCCCAUCCCCUCACCCCUAGGCUGCCAGCAGGAGAGAGGGCCACGAGGGGCCCAGGGUGCAGGCAGCCUUUCCAGCUCUAGGUCACAAGUGGAGCCCACAUGCCUUUAGGUCCCAGGAUCACACUCCUGUGGGUGCAGCAGCUCAGGCACAUCAGGAACACAGGCCAGAGAAGGGCCCCUUGGGCUGCUGCUGACCUUGUACACAGCCGACCUACGUGCAGACCCUGGCAUCCCACAGGGCCCCUGGGCACCACUGGGUAUGGACCCAAACAGAACAAAAAUGGCCUUCAGAUGCAGCUCUGUGGGGUGAUCUUCGGUCCUGAGUGCUGAAGGCAUUCUCCACACUCACCAAUGUGCUGGUGGCACUUGCGUGGGGCAGGAAAGCCAGUGUUAAAGUGCUCGUGCUAGCAGCUGUAAUGUGCAGGCAGUGACCAUCUCCAGACCGAGACUGAAACAUAUGUGCACGUGCACGCAGACACACGUUUAGGAUCUACAAGAAUUCAGCUGAGACCCUAGGAGAUUACCUGUCGUUUGAACAGUGUCUGCCUCCAACUCACAAACACAGGGUAUUAUUCCAUUUUUAGAUUUUCUUGUGGGCAGCAGGGGCACACCCAGCGGUGUUCACUUGACUCCUGGCGAGGCUGGGGGACCAUAUUUGGUGCCGGGGAUCAAACUCAGGUCAGCCACAUUUUAUUUUUGCUUUUUGGGUCACACCCGGCGAUGCACAGGAGUUACUCCUGGCUCUGCACACAGGAAUUACUCCUGGAGGUGCUCAGGGGACCAUAUGGGAUGCUGGGAAUCGAACCCGGGUCAGCUGCGUGCAAGGCAAAAGCCCUACCCGCUGUGCUAUCGGUUCCAGCCCCAGCCCCAUUUUAGAUCUUAUUUCUUUUUAACUAUGUUUCAUAGUUUUCAAAGUACUUUUUUUUCUAUUCUAUAUUCACAAAUCUUUUGUGCAUUAGCUUUAUAUCCUACAAUCUGGACUGAUUCAUUAUUCAUAGUAUUUUUAGCAUAUAAAUAUGAAGAUGUCAACUACAGAGAUGCUUUUUGCUAGGGGGCACACCCAGGGUGCUUAGGCAUCACUCCUGGCAAUGCCGGGGGCCCAUAUGUGGUGCCCGGGCGCAAACUGCUGUCAGCUACGUGAGUCCCUGAUGUACCAUCUCUCUGGACCUGUAGGCACUUCUUCAUAAUUCAGAGAACUUUUUCUUGCCAAAUACCUGGGCUUGACCCUUUGGUGCAAUGCCGAGUAAGGGCUUGUCUUGUUCUGGAUCUUAGGGAGGAAACACUGAGUCUUUCACCAGUCACUGUUAACUUUUAGCUUUUCAGAUUUGACUCAACUUUGCACGCCUGUUGUGGGGGAGGCUUCCCUUUUCUCAUCAUUUGUGCUGAUCAGGCAAAGGCAGCCUGUGGCAAACCUCUGGGGGCCACUUGUCCAAGACCAGGGGCAGGGGCUUAGUUUUGGGGAACUAGUGUGAAGGCAGGAACGGGUGUCCCAUACCAGUCAGGCAGGGGAAAUGGGGUUGGGGGAGGGAAGGGCAUCCACCCCAGCCUCCAGGCCAGGAGCAGGGAAGGACUUGCUCAGCAAUGCUCCAGGGCUCCCAGACAGACCGGGACGGGCAGAGCGAUGGGGAACACGGCUGUGACCUCAGGAUGGGGGUUCCCAGCUCUGUCCAUCAGGUCAGGUUCCCACGCUCACUCACACCCCAACCACCUGACAGGGAGCAGGGCCAGGUGCUGGGAGAGGGAAGGCUUAGGGGCUGAGGACAAAGGCCACCUGCUGGGGGCUCACACCGCAUCUGACACCAGAGGUUCUAUGAGGGGGAAGCCUGCCAUCUGCUUAACUAAGACCUGGAGAAAACUUUUAGUGGGGGGUUUCUUCUUAGAGGCGUAGGAAACGUCUAGACCCCCAGAGGCCUCAGGGUUAUCAUGGGCAACACCAGGAGCCUCCAAGGACUCGCCAAGUUAGCCCCACCCCCCACCCCACUCAGUGUGGCGAGAAUCAAGUGCCUCACUCAGCACCACAGGGAGGCAGACAGGCCGGAUGAGGGCUGAAGGGCAAGUGACCCCUGAACAGCGCAGACCGGGGGUGUCCCACGGGGGCAAAUGUGCAAGCCUGCACACACCUGAGCAUGCUGCUCUGCCACUGAAGUGACUAUGGGAAGAAACAGUUCAGCCAGGGCAUCCCAGGAUGGGCCAUGGGGUGCCACCAUUGAGAAGGAUGGCCAGCCACCAGACGCCAAUACUCAGAUGUCAGCUUCCCUAGAGCAAGGGUAGAGAAUGCCUGGGGGAAGCUCACUGAUCCCCACAGCCCCCGCCCCGUGGUAUGCAAACUCCACCGAGAUGGUGGUGUUCUCCUGGGCCCAGCAUACCCCAUUUGGGAUUUGGUCUAUUUACUGUGCCUGAUGCCAGGCAGAAGCAGGUUGGGGGUGCAGCACCCACUUUUCCAGGGAAGAUGAGGCUUGGAAGCUCAGCUGGACCGGAUCUGUCUCUCCAGCUGUAACAUGCCACCAAGUGGCAGUGGAAACCAAGCAUGUCGUCUUCAAACAGGACUGAGAUGCUUGGGGCCUGGGUGG